CCCAUUAACAGCAUCUUGCAGACCAACGGACCUGCCAAAUUUACCAGCUCACCACGGCCACCCUACUCAAGCAACCUAGUCCUGAUUUCCACAGUAUAGGAUGCUUCGAUCCUAGCCCAUGUCCCUGGGAGUCGCAUUGAGAUGGAGAGCUCGUAUCGCCCCGGGUGUCAGUGGGCUCUCCUGGAUUCCCAGGGAGUGUCCAACUCCAUUUCACAACCGCCGAAAUGCUUCUACUGGACCCCCCGAGGUAUUCCGUCGAGUCCAAACGUCCGCGGUGAUGAUAAAAGAGACCGCACGACGCGGAAAUGAUGACCAAGAGCCUGUGAACCGCGAUGCACAACACAUAUAUCCGUCAUCGUACCGGCGCGCAGCGAUCCGCCAUUUUAUUAAGAAGAAGGCCUUAGAUGGAAACACCACACACGACAAUGUGCUCAUUAAGCCCAGCAUCCAGUAUGCUAAUAAGCACGAGGCGCGACGUAGCGCUAGGGAACGCGUGCGGAGUGUUGCACAACAACAUGUCUACAGUCGGAGACGCGAGCUAGAAGACACACCGAGACCCGACUGGCGCAUGGUUCUGUCUCUCUUGUCGAGGAAUACUUCACCAGUCAAUAGCCUCUUCGAGUUCAAAGUGGUGGUGGGAAAGAAAUAUGCCCACGAAACCAUCGAAAUACUCACAGGCGUGGAUACCAAUGUCCGGCAGAUCCAGGAAAGGACGAAAUGUGUCAUCCGACUUGACGAGAUGAACAGAUAUGAUGGAACUCUUGUACUGUCCUUUUCCGGCUCCGAGGAGUCCUUGCGCAAGGCCUUGCUCGAAGUGGUGAAAUCUAUGGGCAAACUCACCGCUGUUCGUCUCAUGGAUCCAGAUUCGAAGAAACUAUUCCGAGACCUAUGGCUUUCAAAGAGCAACGAGCUUACUCCUGUCAAGCUUGUCGGCGAAGAGACUCAAGGUGGCGACAGCGAGUUCACGGUACGCAGCUGCGCCCAGGAUUUCCUCCCGGAAGCCAAUGUGUACCACUGCUACCAACUGACCCAACGCGCUGAUGCGAUCCCUCGGCCGUCCCAGUGGACUCAGGCUUCGCUCGAAUUGUAUGUCGCCUCUUUGGUCAUGGGCGUGAUACCACCUCAUCUGAAGCAUCCACUGUAUAAAAACGGGCCGGAUCACAAAGAAACAGUUGCGCUGAUGCUUGUCAAUAUCUUCAAAUCGGAUGACACGCGGAUGGCCUUGUCUAGGAAUACCCUUAGUCUGGCCUUGUCUUUCAUUCAACGCAUGAGCUUCACUCACCGAUUCUAUGCGAGGGCAAUUUUCAACGAGGCCCAAGCACAUGAUGUACCAAUGGAUACACGAGUUUGCAACCAAUUCCUCAAGGGCUGCGAGACAGCAAAAGACCUUGACGGAUUCUAUUCGAUCCUCAAAAUGAUGAUCAGGAAACGUUAUUAUCCUGACAGCGCCUCGUGGCUUUGUUUUCUGCGGUUGGUCGAGGAUGUCGACGUCAAGCGCCGGAUACUGCGGGCAAUGAGGGAAAAGGGAUUGAGUCGGGUUCAGUCGACACUUGUCAAAGUCGGUGGCCACAUGGCACCUUAUGAUCUCGAGAAAGCCCUGCCGCAGUUGCAGAAGAUGGAAGAGUUCAUAUCCUCACAGGACAAAAUUUAUGGGCCUGGCUGGCUCGACAGGGAGACACUCAAUAGGGUUCUCGAGGUGCUAGGCAGAAACGGCAGGCUCGAUUUCUGCGAAGAGCUGCUUGAAAUAGUUCGCAAGUCCCGGCGAACGAACCCUGAUGUUGUUGCUCUGAAUACACUGAUCACCCACUCGAGAGACUUGACUGGAAUCAUAUCAAAAAUGAAGUUGAUGCAACGUCGAUGGACGUAUAUCCGGCCCAAUGAAAUCACAUAUCAACUGUUAUUUCGGAUAGCAUGGAAGAAACGAAGUCCUAAUGUACUUGGAGUCGUAUGGCGAUACGCUAGUUUCGCCCGGUUGACGAGCCACAAAAUGAGAGAUCGUCUCACUGUGUUUAUACACAAGGAGACGGAUCUCGGUCGUUUGUCACUACUAAAGAGCUGGGAAGGGGCCAUCGUUGGCGAGGGCGCCUUGGAGACGUUGCGGGAAAUGUACGGAGCGAAACUCGAUGCGACGGCGCUCGCAAAAUGGUACGGUGCCCAGGCCUUGGUUUACUCUCCUGAAGUUCCCUUUGAAGAGAAGCUCGCCGAGGCAAUGAAACUAGAUCGCGAGAUACAUGGGCGGAUCCGGGAGGGACAGCUCAUGACGGCUCCCGAGAGUAAGUCCCUUACUAUCAGGUUUCCGCUUGAGGCCCGGAAGUACGAUGAAGACAUACGUCGGUUGCCGACAUUGUGAAGGGAGGAGGAGCCAUAGCGGAUUAGGGAGUUUAUACCACCGGAUACCCGUCUAUCUUACCAGAGACUUGUGCUAAUUUGUAUGUAUGAUGAAGAGCGUCAAACACACUUCAAGCAUAGCCUUCGAGGGGGUUUGCGGCUACUGAUAUAUCGAUCACCCAAACCAGUCACUAACCGCAUUGACCACCUUUUUGCAUGCACCCCCAUUUUGCAGGGUCUAACUGAAUCAACCUAAAUACUUCGUCCA